AUGGUGGGUCAACCUUCAACAACACCUGUGACGUACGGGAAGACCAGUUCCAACAUGGUGGGUCAACCUUCAACAACACCUGUGACGUACGGGAAGACCAGUUCCAACAUGGUGGGUCAACCUUCAACAACACCUGUGACGUACGGGAAGACCAGUUCCAACAUGGUGGGUCAACCUUCAACAACACCUGUGACGUACGGGAACAGUUCCCAGUCAACCUUCAACAACAUGGUACGGGAAGACCAGUUCCAACAUGGCCCCGGCAUCCCACACAUAGAGAAGCAGUUCGGGCUGACCAGCAAGAUGACCGCUGUGUUGACAUGCUGUCUGGACAUCGGCGGGGUCAGUAUAAUGCUGUUUGUCAGCUUCAUUGGCACCAAGUUCAACAUGGCUAAAGGGCUCGCUAUCGGAGCAUUCGUCAACGCAAUAGGAGCGUUAACAUUCUGCUUACCACACUUCUUCCACGAAGCACCAAAGUUUGAAGAAAACGUUAAAAAUGCCUCCGAAGCUGAUAUUUGCCCCCUGAGCGCUAUCAGUGCAGCCGUCAACGACAGCUCGCCAGCCAGCGUCCUCUACACCACAUACACCUUCAUGGUCGUUGGCGAUUUAUUGAGGGGGUUUGGCACGACGGUGAUCUUCACGCUGGGAACCGCCUACAUUGACGAGAACGGCAAAUAUCCUUUAUCAACCCUUUUCAUCACCGUGACGUAUGCAGCCGCGGAGAUUGGUGGCUCGGUCAGCGCCGUCCUCAGCGGCUACAUCAUGGAUAACGUCUACGUGGACUUCGACAAGGUCGACCCUACUCAAAUUCCAGAUCCCAAAAGCCCCAACUGGAUCGGUGCUUGGUGGCUGAAUUUCACGUACGCGUCUGGGCUCUUUCUUUUGACAUCCGUGCCAUUAUAUGGUUACCCAAAACGAUUGCCUGGUAACCAAGGCAACCAAGGCCCUGAAAAGGACAAGGUAGUUGUGAGCGGGAAAACGAUCGGAGAUAUGACCAAGAACUUGGUUCGAGAUUUCGUCCAUGCAGCCCGGCGACUCUUCUGCAACCUGGAAUUCGUCCUUCUGAGCGUGGCCUCGGCCGUCUCCACUUGUGCGGCUAUAGGAAUCGGGGUGUUCUCCUACAAAUACCUCACUAUGCAGUACGACGUCAGCUUCCAAGUCGCCGGGUACAUAACAGGUACCAAGUCAGCUUUAGGAGGGCUAGGUUACCUUGCUGGCAGUGCCGUCAUCCGGAGAUUCAACUUGCAUGCCCUCGGUAUUGAACGUAUUAGCUUUGGGCUGUCCCUGGCCUCCGCCAUUAUGAGCAUGGGACUGUUGGCCAGAUGUCCGAAUGUCCAGCUUGCCGGAGUUGAAGUCCCUUACAUGGGAGACAAUGCAACAAACGGUCUUUUAGCGGAGUGCCAACGUUCUUGCCAAUGUCAAGGUCAACCUUUCGAUCCCGUUUGUGGAGCAGACGACAUCGUGUACUACUCUCCGUGCCAUGCCGGUUGUGAAGAUAUGAUGUUCAAUGGAUCAGACCGGGUAAUGGAACGAGUUACGUAUCAGUUGUGUGUCCAGGUGGCGCUGGAAGACAACGUGCUGGAGUUGGGCCCCUUUUACCAGAAACCGUUGAUAGCGAGUUUGCCACCGGCAUUGCGAAGUGUUUGUUAA